CUUGUAGGGAAGAAGGAAGUGCAGUUACACUGAGGAAGGAUCAAAACAACAAAAUUGCUUUGCUGUUUUAUUAGACAAAUUCAGGUGCAUAUCGAAUGCGAAAGGCUUCGAGAAGCCUGGGAUUUCUCUUUAAGUUCUGAUACAAAAGCUGGGAUGAAGAUUUUUGUAUCUAAUUUCAGUUUAUUUAAUGGCAGGUAUUGGAAAUUUCACAGUAAAAAGGAAGAUAUUUUUAUCAGAAAUAUAAGUGCCUUAAGCCAUCGACAAAGGUAUUUACAUCAUCCGUAAAUGAAUCGUGCAAUAUUGAAUUUGAAGUGUGUUAUUGAAAUUGGUUACUUUGGUGUUGAGUUAAGCGAUACACCGAACUGUUUUGUGCGCGCGAGCUGAGGAUCUUUCUUCUCCACGGCCCGUUGUCUCGGAGGUAUUAAAUGCAAGGCAAGCUUUGUUGCAGGAUUAGCAAAAUGGCUAGCUCCAUUAGCUACGCAGCUUGAUAGGCCUGAAAAGUUUAAGCGUUCGUUGUUUUUUUGAACGAGACAUUUGACCGAGUUUGUUGUGGGCCAGUGCAUAGCUAAUUGUUAGCCUAACUAAAUUAGUACGACCAUUGUUGAAUAUCUAACUAAAGUGUACAAAGCAAGACAGGGGUGUAAAGACAAGUGUAAUUUUGUUUAUCAGAAUUGAUGACCUGACCUCCUGGUGGUGACAAAUAGCAGUGUAGUAUUCAAACCUAGGUGCUAAACAGGGGAUGAGUGCAUUUUAAACCAUUUAUAUUUUGCAUAAGAAAACACACUCAAGAUGAAACUCCUGGAAAAUUCAAGUUUUGAAGCCAUAAACACCAGACUCACCAUUGAAAUGGGGGACUGUCAGAUAAUAGGAAGGAUCGAAAGCUACUCUUGCAAGAUGGCAGGCGAGGACAAGCAGAUGUUCAAACAGUUCUGCCAGGAGGGACUGCCUCAUGUCCUGGAAGCCCUGUCCCCUCCACAGUCCUCAGGAAUCAGCCCCAACAAGUUGAGCCAGAGUCAGAGUGGAGACGAGGGAGAGGGGCCUCUCUCUGACAAGUGCAGCAGGAAGACCCUCUUCUACCUGAUUGCCACCCUCAACGAGUCCUUCCGCCCCGACUAUGACUUCAGCCGCACCAAGAGCCACGACUUCAGCAGAGAGCCCAGCAUAAACUGGGUGUUCAACGCGGUGAACAGCAGUCUGUCGGCGGCGGCUGGGGAGGAGUACAGUCGGCUACAGCCCCAGCUGUGGGAGGCCAUUGACACAGAGAUCUGCCUGUCGGAGUGUGACAUCUACAGCUACAACCCAGACCUGGACUCUGACCCGUACGGAGAGGAGGGCAACAUGUGGUCCUUCAACUACUUCUUCUACAACACGAGGCUGAAGAGGAUCGUCUUCUUCACAUGCCGCUCGGUCAGUUUAUUCAUGGCCCCACGGGACUCUGGCAUUGGCAACGAACUGGACCUGGAGCUGGAUGAAGAUUGUUAUGAUGAGAACAUGGAUGAAGAGAGUAGGUAUGGUGCCCUGUGUGCCCAGUGACGCGCCAGUCCCAUUCUCAUGCAGGAGCAGACAGUAUACUUGGAUGUCUGUCUGUACCCACGUCGCCACCAUUUCUCUUACAAUCUUAAACUCGUUCGGGUUGGGAUUUUAUUUAAACAUUUUUCUUAUUAAUUUGUUUGGUGGACCUCAUGUUUUACUGAAGUCAGACUGUGAGCUUGGAGCUCUGUUACUCUGUUACUUUAUUUGUGUCUCAUUUUAGUUUUCCAUUGCUAUGUUCUCCAUACCUUGUUUAUCAGAAGCAAAAGCAUUUAUGUUUGGUGUGUGUUGUUUGACCUGGUAUUGGAGCAAGUUCUGGCACUCAUUAAUUUGCAACAUAUUUCACAUUGUCUAUGCUGGUGUUGGUAAGCACAGUUUGGGAUUUUUAUGAUCAUGUUCUGUUUUUCAAGCUUUACCAUUCCAAAGUGUAGGAUGUCGUCGUACCAAAUUGACUCAACUUAGGUUUAGGACCAUUCUCAGACUGCAUGCUUGAGGGCAUGUUUGAACACAAGGGGGCAUACUCAACUUAGCUGAUGGAAAACUCACAUACCAGCUUGAAUCAGUCUGCCUCUUGGAUAUGUUAUGCCUUCCAUACCAAUGCUACUCAAACCUACAAUGUUUUUAUUUAUUUAGCGACAGGACUUGGUGCAGUCUAUAGUUUUAUGGGUCAAGCCAGCAAAUACAAUUCUGCUGCAUCGCUGUUCCAAAAGUACAGCAGAAUCUAGUUCUGAUUCUCAAUCCUAUGAUGUGUUUUAAGGACGAGUGUGACGUGCAUUCUCACACCAAAUACAAACUCUGCCUGUAGAGUGUACUGUUUGAACCUAAUUUACAUAUCUUGUGUUUUAAUAACUUUUAAAAGUCUUUUUAGGUAUUGCUUUAGUUGAACAGUUUUUAGUUUGUCUGAAGAGUUUAUGACCGCAGAAGUCUAGCUAUAGAGCAGUUUCUGUUUAGUCCAACUGUCGCUCUCUCACCAUGUGUGGUGUUUUGAAAUGUAAUUUUAGACUUCUAGUUUCAAAACAAAUCUAGUCUGAGUUUCCUUUCACUAAAAAACUGCUAGUAGAGAUCUGUGAUGCCUAUCGUCCAACUUUCCUUAUCAAAUGACACGAUGGAAAUGUACUUAAUAUAGAAUAACGCAUUUGUGAUUAAUGGGAGGACUGAAGGCUACCUAUUUAGGGCUAGUAGUGUGAGUGGUUGGUUAGCUGGAUAUCGAUCCUCACAGCCACUGUAUCAGUGUUACUCUAACAGAUGUAGGAUAUUAAUUUGAUCGCCCUGUUGCGGGUGAACUUUCCUGCAAUGCAGGACAUUUUAAACGUGUAGUGUACUUCCACUUUGAAAAUUUAGACCGGAUUUUUCCCUUACAAAAUAUAUUAUUAAUUAUAAUUCACAUUUCCUGUUGCUGCAGAAUUAUUUUCCUGCUGGAGCAAACGGGCUCAAAUUAAGAUCCUAUAUCUGUAUGUGGCAUAAGUCUUGCUCUUGGCUGUUUUUGUUCAAGUAAAAUGUGACAAAAAAUAGAAAAAUACAGGUGGGUAUUCUAAAGUUGCAUCCAGUCCCUUCUAUGUGAUGUAUAUCUAUCUGCCUCUAGUGUAGAACAUGCUCCCUACAGAUGUUAACCUGUCCUGAAUUUACUCAGAUAUUGAUUUCAAGGGUUUUUCUUUAUUUUUACUAUUUUCUACAUUGUAGAAUAAUAGUGAAGACAUUAAAACUAUGAAAUAACACAUGGAAUCAUGUAGAAACCAACAAAGUGUUAAACAAAUCAAAAUAUGAGAUUCUUCAAAGUAGCCACCCAUUGCCUUGAUCCCGCUUGGCCAUCGCUCAUCCAUAUAUUUAUAUGUACAUAUUCUUAUUCCAUCCCUUUACAUUUGUGUGUAUGAGGUAGUCUUUGUGGAAUUGUUAGAUUACUUCUUAGAUAUUACUGUGCACUAGAAGCACAAGCAUUUCGCUACACUCACAUUAACAUCUGCUAGCCAUGUGUAUGCGACCAAUAAAAUGUUAUUUGAAUUUGAA